AUGGCAUCUGUGAUGCACGUGGUCCUGUUCAAGCUGCGUGACGGCCUCGACGAGAAGAAGCUGGAAGAACUCAUCCACAACGCCCGCCAGGGGAUUUCUGGCCUGCUCGAGCUGCACUUCGGCGCGAACAACAUGUACAUCCACAAGGAUAAGGUAAUCUUGGCGGACGGUAACACACACGCACUGGUGUCGCGCCACGAGGAGGAGAAGGCGCUGGAGAAGUACCUAUCGCACCCGCUGCGCCAGCAGCUCGCGCGCUACAUCCUCGCACACGCCGAGCGUGCGCCGACGGUGGUGAACUUCAACACGACUGUCAAGUCCCACCUGUAG